GGCGAGCGGUAGGCGCGGCUUGCACCCAUGUGCCACAGGUUAGGGCUACACUGGGCAUUUCCCAGGCGUCUGUCACAGUCGUAGCAUUGCCAGCUGGCGGCUCCGGCUCCCCUGGAGAUUACCUCUGUAACUAGAUCUCCAGUUUGCUCAACAAAUCACAAUGUCUCGUUCAAGACAACCUCCACUUGUGACAGGCAUCUCUCCAAAUGAAGGAAUACCUUGGACCAAGGUCACAAUUAGAGGAGAAAACUUGGGAACUGGCCCAACUGACCUCAUAGGUUUGGCAAUUUGUGGACAUAAUUGCCUCCUGACAGCAGAAUGGAUGUCUGCAAGUAAAAUAGUAUGUCGAGUUGGACAAGCCAAAAAUGACAAAGGAGACAUAAUUGUCACAACUAAGUCUGGUGGCAAAGGAACCUCAACAGUCUCUUUCAAGCUACUCAAGCCUGAAAAAAUAGGUAUUUUGGACCAGUCUGCUGUGUGGGUUGAUGAAAUGAAUUAUUAUGAUAUGCGUACUGACAGGAAUAAAGGAAUUCCUCCCUUGUCCUUGCGUCCUGCUAAUCCACUUGGCAUUGAGAUUGAAAAAAGUAAAUUUCCCCAGAAGGAAUUGGAAAUGCUGUUUCCUGGAAUGAGUGCUGAUUUUACAAGUGAGAAUUUUUCAGCUGCCUGGUAUCUGAUAGAGAAUCACUCAACCACCAGUUUUGAGCAGCUCAAAAUGGCAGUUUCAAACCUGAAGAGGCAGGCUAACAAGAAGAGUGAGGGUAGCCUGGCCUGUGUGAAAGGGGGUCUUAGUACUUUCUUUGAAGCACAGGAUGCUCUUGCAGCCAUCCAUCAAAAACUGGAAGCAGAUGGAACGGAAAAAGUAGAAGGAUCCAUGACGCAAAAACUGGAGAAUGUUCUAAACAGAGCAAGCAAUACUGCAGAUACAUUAUUUCAAGAAGUAUUAGGUCGAAAGGACAAGGCAGAUUCCACUAGAAAUGCACUCAAUGUCCUCCAGCGAUUUAAGUUUCUUUUCAAUCUUCCUCUAAAUAUUGAAAGGAAUAUUCAAAAGGGUGAUUAUGAUGUGGUUAUUAAUGACUAUGAAAAAGCCAAGUCACUCUUUGGAAAAACAGAGGUGCAAGUUUUCAAGAAAUAUUAUGCUGAAGUAGAAACACGGAUUGAAGCUUUAAGAGAAUUACUUCUGGACAAAUUGCUUGAGACACCAUCAACCUUACAUGACCAAAAACGUUAUAUAAGGUACCUGUCUGACCUUCAUGCACCUGGUGACCCUGCUUGGCAGUGUAUCGGAGCUCAACACAGAUGGAUCCUUCAGCUCAUGCACAGCUGCAAAGAGGGCUACAUACAAGACCUGAAAGGUACCGCAGGCCUGCACAGUCCCAUGGUGGACCUGGAGAGCGAUGCACGUCCCUCAUUGUUGGGCCAUCUUAGUCAAACGGCAUCACUGAAGCGGGGCAGCAGCUUUCAGUCUGGUCGAGAUGACACAUGGAGAUACAAACCUCCUCACCGGGUAGCAUUUGUUGAAAAAUUGACCAAGCUUGUUUUAAGUCAGCUGCCUAACUUCUGGAAACUCUGGAUUUCAUAUGUCAAUGGAAGCCUUUUCAGUGAGACUGCUGAGAAGUCAGGCCAGAUUGAAAGAUCAAAGAAUGUCAGGCAAAGACAAAAUGAUUUUAAGAAAAUGAUUCAGGAAGUAAUGCAGAGUCUCGUGAAGCUGAUCCGUGGAGCACUACUCCCACUUAGCAUCCCAGAGGGUGGAGUGAGGCAAUAUGGAGGCUGGGAGGUGAAGUCUGAGCUCUCUGGACAGUGGCUUACUCAUGUCAUACAGACGAUAAGACUUACUUACGAAUCCCUGACUGCCCUUGAAAUUCCUAAUGACAUGCUACAGACUAUCCAGGAUCUCAUUUUGGAUCUCCGAGUACGUUGUGUGAUGGUCACAUUGCAACACACAGCGGAAGAAAUAAAGAGAUUAGCUGAAAAGGAAGACUGGAUUGUUGAUAAUGAAGGGUUGACUUCUCUACCAUAUCAGUUUGAACAGUGCAUUGUACAUUCUCUGCAAUCACUUAAAGGAGUUCUGGACUGCAAGCCUGGAGAAGCCAGUGUCUUUCAACAACCUAAAACACAGGAGGAGGUUUGCCAACUAAGCAUCAAUAUCAUGCAGAUUUUUAUAUAUUGUCUGGAACAAUUGAGCACCAAGCCUGAUGCAGAUGUAGAUACUACACAUCUUUCUGUUGAUGUUUCUUCUCCUGAUUUGUUUGGAAGUAUUCAUGAAGACUUCAGUUUGACUUCUGAACAGCAACUUUUGAUAGUCCUAAGUAAUUGCUGCUACCUACAGUGUCACACCUUCCUAAAUAUAGCAGAACAUUUUGAAAAGUACAACUUUCAGGGAAUAGAAAAAAUAACACAGGUUAGCAUGGCCUCAUUGAAAGAAUUAGACCAAAGAUUGUUUGAAAAUUACAUUGAGUUGAAAGCAGAUCCCAUUGUUGGCUCCUUAGAACCUGGAAUUUAUGCAGGCUAUUUUGAUUGGAAAGACUGCCUGCCUCCAACAGGUGUCAGAAACUAUUUAAAAGAAGCAUUGGUGAAUAUAAUUGCAGUGCAUGCAGAGGUGUUCACUAUUUCCAAAGAAUUGGUGCCUAGGGUCCUGUCCAGGGUAGUGGAAGCGGUGUCUGAAGAGCUCAGUAGACUCAUGCAGUGUGUGUCAUCCUUCAGCAAAAAUGGAGCAUUGCAGGCAAGGCUUGAAAUCUGUGCUCUGAGGGACACUGUGGCUGUCCACCUGACACCUGAAAGCAGGUCCAGUUUUAAGCAGGCUCUGGAAGCGCUACCCCAGCUUUCCAGUGGAGCAGACAAAAAGUUACUGGAAGAGCUGCUGAACAAGUUCAAGAGCAGCAUGCACCUGCAACUCACCUGUUUCCAAUCUGCUUCUUCAGCCUUGAUGAAAACAUAAAGGCCUCCUAGUAAGGGUCAUCCAAAGAUAACAAGUGAUGAAAUUAUUCUCUUUAAGUGCCCUAAAGGUAUUUGUAUAUAAAGCAUACAUUUGCAGUUUUUCUCCUUUUUUUUCCUCCUCAAUUAGUAGCCUAGAAAGAUUUUUGUAUAUGUUUUAUUUAAAUCAAAAUACCCUUGUUUGAAUUGCCAAGCUUAUUAAGAAAUACACAGCUUUAGGCUUUUGGCACAGAGGAGGCUCAAUUGCAAUUUCAUUUGGUUAUCCCGAAUCCGGGUUCAUCCGACACCAGCCACCUCCACCAUUCCACCGAAGUUCAAAUCAAACUUAUAUACCUAAGGUACACUGGUGAGGAAGUGGGUGCCACAUAUCUGCUCUGGCCCCCAAGAUCGACCCCCCGAGCCUGUAUCCGAAAAAAGGUUGGCGAUGAUAUCACCAAAGCAACCGGUGAUUGGAAGGGUCUAAGAAUUACAGUGAAACUGACCAGAACAGACAUGCCCAGAUGGAGGUAGUACCUUCUGUCUCUACCCUGAUCAUCAAAGCUCUCAAAGAACCACCAAGAGACAGAAAGAAGCAGAAAAACAUUGACCACAGUAGAAAUAACACUUUUGAUGAGAUUGUCAGCAUUGCCUGACAAAUCUAGCACCAAUCUUUAGCUAGAGAACUCUCUGGAACCAUUAAAAAGAUCCUAGGGACUGCCCUGUCUGUGGACUGCCAUGUUGAUGGCUGCCACCCUCAUGACAUCAACAGUGAUGCAGUGGAAUGUUGGGCUAGUUAAGAACUGCAAAGGAAAAUAUUUAAAUUAAAUAUUAUUUG